UGUUAAUCAUAAUCUUUACGAACCGCAGUUCAAACGCCCUAGAAUAGUUUCAGAAUCCGCGAAAACGAGCGAUGACAGAGAGGCUGAUAAAUUAGGUUUAGAUAAAAAUGGAGAACAAGCGAACUGCCAUCAAAGAAACGAGACCGAUGGAAAACUUCGAAGUGAAAUUAUUAUUGGUACAAAGCACGUGCUUAAUGAAAACCCAGAAGAGACCGACGAAAUGAGGGCAAGUACAGAGCAAGGAAAAGAUUCAUCGGUUGGAAAAGCAUCUGAAGAUGGCUCUGAUAUCUUGAGAGAAACUUGUGUUUCGGAGAAGGACGUUGGAAUUUUGGAAUUCGUGGCCAACUUACCCGGAUUUCAUGGAGUCCUGAAACAGAGAUACACGGAUUUCAUCGUCAGAGAGAGGGACCUCCAGGGAAAUAUUGUGCGAUUAACUGAUACAUCUUUACCUCGGAAAGAAAAGAGUCAAGAAUUUGGGCUUGAUAUUUUAAGUGAAGAAGAGAAAAUGAAAAUUAAACAAGUUAUUGAUGAUGAGGAGAAGAAAACCUCAGUGACUUUAUCACCUGAUGAUGACAAGGACCACAGAAGAUUGGUUCACAGAGCCAUCAGAGAAAACUUUGCCUUUUUAGAUAGUGACACAGUUGAUGUAGGGAACCAAAAGGCAGUCCGAGUAUUUCAUAACCGUGAUUCAGAUGGCAAGCAAAGGAGCAGCCGAUGGCCAGCAGAACUUGGAGAUUAUUGCUGGUUUGUUCUCUACAAAGAAAACAAAGACACUAUGGAUGCAAUUAAUCUAUUGAGCAAACUUCUUAGAAUCAAAGCAGGGAGUUUUGGUUAUGCUGGAACCAAGGACCGCAGGGCAGUAACUACCCAAAAAGUGUCUGUUUACAGAGUAAAGGUUGAACAAUUACAGGAAUUAAACAAAAGUCUUCGAAACAUAUGUCUUGGCAACUUCCAGUAUUGUAAAGAGCCUCUUAAACUUGGCUCUUUAUCAGGGAAUCAUUUUGUCAUCACACUCAGGAAUGUAGUUGGGGAUCAUGGAGAGAUAGAAGAAAGUUUGAAAUCACUGAAAAUCAAUGGUUUUAUAAAUUACUUUGGAUUGCAAAGGUUUGGGACAACCUCAGUUCCCACACAUAAAAUAGGCUGUGCGUUGCUUCUUAGUAACUGGUCUGAGGCCGUUGAUCUGCUUCUUAAUCCACGUUCUGGUGAAGCAGAUGACCUCACAGCUGCUCGGCAACACUGGAAAGACACCCAUGAUGCUAAGGAGACUCUGAAAAGACUUCCUAAAAGGAAAGGAAUUGAGAGUGACCUUUUACUUGGCCUUGUGAGGCAUGGACCUUCAGGUUUGGUGAAAGCCCUCCAGUCCAUCUCCAGGAACACCAGACUCAUGUAUGUCCAUGCAUAUCAAAGCUACGUAUGGAACUACAUGGCAUCCAAGCGCAUUAAGGAGCACGGAAUGCAGCCAAUCGUAGGUGACCUGGUUGUGGCUUCAAAAUCAGCAGCACCAUGUACCACAGACACAGGGCCGCAAGACAAGGUUGAAUUUAUUUCCGAGCCAAGCAGAACAUCGGUUACCGUUGUUACCGAGGAGCUGAUCAAAACAGGGCAGUUCACAAUCCAUGACGUUGUUCUUCCACUUCCUGGAUACGACGUUGCAUACCCUAACAACAGCUUGAAAGCUGAGUACAGAAAAAUAAUGGCCAACGACGGACUGGACAUCGAGAACAUGAGGCAUAAAGUAAAGGACUACUCCCUGUCGGGCGCUUAUCGGAAAUUACUCGUCAAGCCGAGCCUCACGAGCUGGCGCUGGUUGCGUUACAAUGACGUCAAACAACCGUUAGUUGUAACCGACAAGGAAGCUAUGUCUGGUGCCCAGGAGCCCGAGUCAGUUCCAGACGGAAAGUACUGGGCGCUACAAUUGGAAUUUACGUUACCCACCUCAGCGUAUGCUACGAUGGCCUUACGUGAGGUUCUGAGGAGUGAUACGUCAUCUGCUUAUCAAUCCACUCUCAACCAGGAAUGAAACGUGGAUGCACAGACUUAGAAAGCUUUAAACUUCAAAGACACAAAAGGGCCGACGUGUGUUUUUAUGAACUUUUACUAACCGUCACUUGCAAGAAUUGAUUGCUUGUAACCCUGGUUGUUAAAUCUGAAAAUGUGAUUCGCUUUUGUAACCUUUCCAUUUGUCUGCCUGACCUAUCAUAACUAUUGAAGCAAGAAAAGACUCAUUGAUCCCUUCUGAAAGUGAUGAAGUGAAAUCUCUUCUGAAACAGCGCCUUGUGGAAGGAAAAGACGAUUUAGAUUUUCCCUCGUGGACUGCGAAACAACAGUUUAAGGUAAAUCAACUUUCAAAUGGGCGUUUUUUUGGCCAUCUACUUUUUUCAGGCGAAUAAAUUCCGCUUUCCUUGAGGCGGGAAUAAGAUGAAAUGGAUCUUACAAAUUCGGUUGUAUGGCGUUUGUCGCGUAUGUCAUGUACAAGUAUGUCGUGCCAAUAGGUAAUGAUAUAAGUGUAACAAAAUAAGUAAGCAAGAAAACUAUUUUUUUUUUGUUAUAGUUUCUCAACGAUUUACAACCGGUGACACGUUUAGUACUCUCACGAACUCGAUCAAUCAUGUUCUGCUACAACGUAUUUACACUGUACAUUGCUUCACUGUUGUGGCAGCAAAACUUUAGGUAAUCUUGAUCAACUGACCUUCGUCAAGUUGUUAAAUCUGAAUACAAUUUUGUACUUUUGCUUAGAUAAUACUUUAGUACCGAUAACAAUUGCUUCUUAUGCGAAUGUCUGACAGUAUAUACUUCAUCUCUCUUUUUGUUACGAUUACGCAAGCAGUUUUCGAACGUCUGGCUCGUUGAAAGUUUGUAAAUAAUUUGCCCAUUUCUGGA